AUGUCUAUUUGCGGCGAGUUUUUUUGCGACGAAUUUAAAAUCGCUGGAAAAGACCUGAUUUCUUGUAGUGCGUUCUUGGUUGAAAAAUUUUGGUUCGAGAAAAAUUUCACAAUUCUAUACCCAAAAUUAUCCGUUCCAGUGGUAUUGAAAUGGGGGAUUGAUCGCAAUAAAUUCCCUUCAAAACUUUUCCAUGGUCGCAAGCAGUACCGCUGUGAUCUCCACUAUCCUACUAUGUUGGGUAAUCACAACAUCACAAUCUCCACCUAUACAUGUGCUUGUGCUUCAGGCUACAAGGGAAAUCCCUAUCUUCCUCAACUUCAUGGAUGUCAAGGUAUUAGCACAAGCCUUGGAGCAUUAUUUCUGAUUAUUGGUGGAUGGUGGUCAUACAAGGUGAUCAAGAAAAGGAAGAGGAUGAAACAAAGGGAGAAGUUCUUCCAACGAAAUGGUGGAUUAUUAUUACAACAACAACUAUCCAUGGCGGAAGCCAAUGUUGAAAAUACUAAAUUGUUUAAUCAAAAAGAAUUGGAGAUGGCCACUAACUAUUUUCAUGUAAAUAGAAUACUUGGACAAGGAGGUCAAGGCACUGUUUACAAAGGCAUGUUAGCAGAUGGAAGAAUCGUUGCAAUAAAAAAAGCCAAAGUGAUGGAUGAAGGAAAACUCAAAGAGUUCAUUGAUGAAGUUGUCAUCCUUUCAGGAAUUAAUCAUAGGAAUAUGGUUAAGCUACUUGGAUGUUGUUUGGAAACAGAAGUUCCAUUGCUGGUUUAUGAAUAUGUUCCUAAUGGGACUCUUUUCCAAUACCUCAGUGACCAAAAUGAGGAGUUUCCACUAACAUGGGAUAUGCAUUUGCGAAUUGCUGCAGAAGUUGCAGGAGCUCUCUUUUACUUACAUUCAGUUGCUUCGUCACCCAUUUAUCAUCGGGACAUCAAGUCUUUAAAUAUACUCUUAGAUGGUAAGCACAUAGCGAAAAUAGCAGACUUUGGGAUUUCAAGAUCUAUUGCAAUUGAUCAAACCCAUUUGAGCACAUUAGUGCAUGGAACUUUUGGAUACAUAGAUCCCGAAUAUUUUCGAUCAGGCCAAUCCACAGAAAAGAGUGAUGUUUAUAGUUUUGGUGUUGUUCUUGCGGUACUCUUAACUGGAGAAAAAGCGGUCUCUUCAACAAGGUCUCCAGCUACCAAAAGUUUAGCCUCAUAUAUCAUUAGUUCAAUGGAAGAGAAUAUUUUGUUUGAUAUUCUUGGUAAUAAAGUUUUGAAAGAAGCUAAAAAGGCAGAGAUUGUAUUGGUUGCAGAUCUUGUAAAAAGGUGCUUGUAUUGGAACGGAAGGAAUCGGCCUACAAUGAAAGAGGUCACAAUGGAGUUAGAGGCAAUUCAAAUGUCCCGAAACGCAUCCAAUCUUGAGCAAGAUUAUAACGAAGAGGUUGAAUUUGUCAGAAGUGAAGUUUACAUUCAAUCAUGUGAUACUUCUAAAUAA